UGCCCUCGCUCUCGCUCUCGGCUACCCCACCUCGUCCACCCCAAUUCCCAAACCGCGGCGGAACCAUGACGGCGGCGACCUGGAGCGCCGUACAUCGCGCAACGGGUUGCUGCGGCGGCGGAGGCAAGUGCCGGCAGGAAGCAGCGGCUUCUGCCAAUGCAGCGAGCUCGAGGUCCCAGUAUUUCAAUUUCCCAGCAGCAGAUGGGGAAGGGGCCGGAUUUUCCAUCCAUUCUCCAACCAUCAGAUCCAGAACCACCUCAGCAGCAGCAGCCUCGGAACCCUGCCCAGAUACAACCCCCAAGUCGGCAGGAUCCAAUUCUAUUGGUUUUCAUUAUACUCUGGUAUCGUUAUUGCUACUCCUCUGAUAGAAAGUGCUUCUAUUUCAAUUUUGUGUUUCAAGCGUGCUUCACAGAAUUACUGGGCCAGGUGGGAGUUGGAUGGCCUGAUUCGGGCCAAAGCCAGCAGCACAUCUUAUAUUUGGAUUUAAGUGAUUGGCUGACAAGGUUUUCUUUGCAUUGAGGUUGGAAACAACGGAAUAUCUCAAAGAAGUGUAUUAGAUAAAGAUAGCAGAAGGGAUGGCCUAAAGAUGAAAUAUGUUGUGCAUAUUGGAGGCGGUGUUUGUGUGUGGAGCCAGGUUGCUGUGGUCUUGGAGGAAUCCUACUGUAGCUGGUGAACAUGCAUGUGGAUAGUCUGUUGGAAGGCAGAGUUGCUAGCUAUCCGCACAAUACCUGUAUAUGGUUACAAACACCACCCCGUGAAUCAGUUAUCAAAUACAUGGACCUCAGUUGUACGUACGUACGUACACAGGAGUCUCAUGUUUUCUUC